AUGGGCAGCUGGUCGGAAGAUAACAAACAUGGAGGUGGAGUCGUUGUCACGUUGGAUGGCUACUACUUCGAAGGCAACUUCAACAGCGGGAAAAUGAUUGGCAAGGGAUUGCUGAUGACGGAGGACAACCAUGUGUACGAAGGGGAAUUUUCUGGCUUCUCCUUUGCCGGCAAGGGUGUGCUGACACUACCCAAUGGUGAUGCGCUGGAAGGAAGUUUUGGGGGCAACUUUGUGGAAGGAGUGAAGGUUACAGGCGUGUUAAAGAAAUCGACUGAACAUAAGGAACCUAAUAUUAAUGCAACUGUAUCGUUUGGCAUGCUGACAUAUCCUGCGCACGAGAAAUGGUUGGAACUUUUUAAUCAGUGCUACUCCGCUCUUGGCUGCUCGAAC